UAUCGAGGUCAACAUUCGUCCGAAUCAGGCUACAUAGUAGCCAUGCAAACACCACACGACCUGUCAAGCCAAAAGCAGGAUAAUCCUGUAUCAUCCGCCUGUGUUCCAUGUCGGUCUCGCCAUUUGAAAUGUGACGGGGUCGCGCCUACCUGUAGUCGUUGCCAAACUACGAACACGAACUGUUAUUACAUCCAGUCCCGGAGAGGAUUGAGACCAAACAAAGCAGACAAUGCAUCAUCCAAUGUGCCUUCGCAAGCCUCUCUUCCUCUGGAGGGAUCAUCAGACACGGAUGCUAUUCUGGAUCCGAGCUAUGAUCCUGCGAUGUUUUCCGGGCUGGGAAUGGAUGAUCUGUCCUCCGAGUUUCUGUUUGGGAGCCUUCCUAUGCAAAUGGGCCAGACACAGCAGAGUCUAGAGCAAGCAGUGGAAGCAAGCUCAACACUCGAUCUCCCGAAUGCUGUGGAUAUUCCUCCCAGUGAACUCGUACCGUCGCUUGGGGAUAAAUCGACAUCUCCAUCGUUUCGAGAAGUGGCAUUUGACCCUAUGAUCCAGCUCUACUACCAGAAUUUUCACGGCUCUCAUCCGUUCGCUAUCCCCUGGAAGGCUGUUAAUAGCCCCCUGUGUCAGUACUUGCCAUCCUACUUACUAUCGGUUAUGCGGUAUAUCGGCUCUCAUUAUCAUCCGAAUUUAUCAUUCAGAGAUAUAUACCAGAGAAAGGCCUAUUCGGAAUUAUCUAACGAUAUUUCACGGACGGGUUUCAAGGUUCAGGGCUUGCUUCUUAUCUCCAUUGUGGACCACGCCUCUGGAUACGAAGACAAAGCGCUUCAGACACUUGAUACAGCUAUAAAGAUGGCUCUCGAUAUUCAGAUGAACAGGGAGUCGUUCGUGCGCGACAACUCUGGCGGAAACGCUAUUCUCGAGGAGAGUUGGCACCGGACGUACUGGGAGCUGUAUGUUGUGAGUGGGUUGUUUGCCGCAUUUAGACAACAAACCACGUUUGCUCUGCAUAGUCAAUAUGCAGACAUAAGACUUCCGUGCAGUGAUGAGAUCUACAAUAGAGCCGGUUUGAUCCCGCGGGGAAGAACUCUUGAAGAAUUCCAAAAUUACUGGCUACACGACGAUCCAAGCAAUAAUUUCUCCUCAUUCUCGUAUCGCAUACAGACUACACAAAUCCUAGGUACCAUACUAUCUUUGGGCCACCAUAUGGACAGCAGUGAUGAAAUCCAAGCGGAGGCAAUCGAUGCUCGUCUUGCUUCAUUGGCCAUGCAUCAACCAGCGGCGCAGCGGGAAAUUUACAGAAGUAACGGCACUCUCGAUGAGAUGGCUCUUCAAGCACAGAUGAUCAAUUACCUGUCGUUAAUUUGUCUUCACUAUCCCCGUUCAAACAUGCGAUUCGUACCCUUCCGAAACCCCAGCUCUUGCGUCCGACAACGCACAAUAGAGGAUAGCAAUAGCACACUGCCAAACCUCGAUCUCCACUCGGUGAAGGCUCUCAGGGCAGCCGACAUGCUAGCAAGCCUGGCAGCCCUUCCAAGUCCUAUCAAACGACAGAGUCCUUUCAUGACCUGCGGUCUUGCAAUAACUGUCACCGUCCAUCUAGCAGCCGCUCUGACACAAGCUGGGGGCACUAGACUAGACACUCUGAAAGCGAGAAUCGAUCUCGCACUCGGUGGAUUGAAUAUGCUGGGUGAGGUGUGGCCGCUCGCUCAGGCGAUCAGGAAACAGCUCGUGGGCUUAUACUCCGAGAUGAUCGCAAAGCAUUGAUAAUUUCCUUCUUAUGCUGGAGAUUUCAGUUGGUUCAUGGUCAUGGCGCGACUAUUUUGCGUUUGCAUUUACACAUAGAGUUCGCCGGCAUUAUACCCCUGCAAGCUGGCGAAAGUCUGUCUGGAAAAAUAAUAUCUAAAACAGUACAUCUAAUUUACAAAGUUCCUAAUGUAUAUACCUCAUUUAACACGAGAGAAUCAAAGUACACUACGUCUUUACAUCUUUGCAUAACAACCGACAAACCAAUGCCACCAGCGUAUAUCGAUGCGACAGUAACAAAACUGCUUAUCCAAAGCAUAUUCAUCCCACUAAUAAACAUGUCCGCUAGGAUAUCCAGCAGCAAUAAUUGAUUAGUAUUAUAUUA